GCUGAAAGUGAUACCAGCCGGAUAGGAUACAUUGCCUUAACCAUUACGCACUUAUGGCAGUGUAAGUUUCUAGAUUGUUGGAAGUUCUGCGGCUGUUCCCUACAGGACCGAGGGCACCGAGACGCCAAUCUACAAGGACCCUACAGUAUCGUCUGCAGCAUGAGCUGGCUGAAUAGGAUUGCACUGCUUUUCUUGGGAGUAUUACUAGCAGAAAGAGUGAACUGCCAGCAUGUGAAGAAUAACGUGCCAAGACUCAAAUUAUCCUAUAAAGAGAUGUUGGAAACCAACAAUGUAAUCACUUUCAAUGGACUAGCUAAUAGCUCCAAUUACCACACUUUCCUUUUGGAUGAGGAACGGAGUAGACUAUAUGUUGGAGCAAAGGAUCACAUAUUUUCUUUCAACCUGGUUAACAUCAAGGAAUAUCAAAAGAUUUUUUGGCCUGUGUCUCAUACCCGAAGGGAUGAAUGUAAGUGGGCUGGAAAAGAUAUUCUGAAAGAAUGUGCUAAUUUUAUCAAGGUGCUUAAAGCUUACAACCAGACUCACUUGUACGCCUGCGGAACUGGGGCUUUUCAUCCAGUUUGCACCUAUAUUGAGAUUGGACGAUCCCGAGAAUCCAUAAUUUUUAAACUGCAGGAUUCGCAUUUUGAAAAUGGACGAGGGAAAAGCCCCUAUGACCCCAAAUUGCUGACAGCUUCUCUUUUAAUAGAUGGAGAAUUGUACUCUGGGACAGCAGCAGACUUCAUGGGUAGAGAUUUUGCCAUUUUCCGAACUCUGGGGCACCAUCAUCCGAUCAGGACAGAGCAGCAUGAUUCCCGUUGGCUGAAUGAUCCUAGGUUUGUUAGUGCCCACCUAAUACCAGAAAGUGAUAACCCAGAUGACAAAAUCUAUUUCUUCUUCCGAAAUGCAAUUGAUGGAGAGCACUCUGGAACCACCCAUGCCAGAAUAGGGCAGAUCUGUAAGAAUGACUUUGGUGGACACAGAAGCCUUGUUAAAUGGACAACUUUCCUUAAAGCACGCCUGAUUUGUUCUGUCCCAGGGCCCAAUGGCAUUGAUACUCAUUUUGAUGAACUACAGGAUGUGUUUCUAAUGAACUCAAAAGACCUCAAAAAUCCAAUAGUCUAUGGAGUGUUUACAACUUCCAGCAACAUCUUCAAGGGGUCAGCAGUGUGUAUGUACAGCAUGACAGAUGUAAGGAGGGUGUUCCUUGGUCCAUAUGCUCACAGAGAUGGUCCCAACUAUCAAUGGGUGCCUUACCAAGGACGUGUACCAUAUCCGCGGCCAGGAACUUGUCCCAGUAAAACAUUUGGAGGCUUUGACUCUACCAAGGACCUUCCUGAUGAAGUCAUCACAUUUGCAAGAAGUCAUCCAGCAAUGUACAAUCCUGUAUUCCCUAUCAAUAAUCGUCCAAUCAUGAUCAAAACAGAUGUGGAUUACCAGUUCACACAGAUAGUAGUAGAUCGGGUCGAUGCAGAAGAUGGCCAGUAUGAUGUCAUGUUCAUUGGAACAGAUAUUGGGACAGUUCUUAAAGUGGUUUCAAUUCCUAAGGAGACUUGGCAUGAUUUAGAAGAAGUCUUGCUGGAAGAAAUGGCAGUCUUUCGGGAACCCACUGUUAUUUCUGCAAUGAAGAUUUCCACAAAGCAGCAACAACUCUACAUUGGCUCAGCUGCUGGAGUUUCACAGCUCCCUUUGCACCGCUGCGAUGUGUAUGGGAAAGCAUGUGCUGAGUGCUGCCUUGCUAGAGACCCUUACUGUGCUUGGGACGGCUCUUCGUGCUCGCGUUACUUCCCUACUGCUAAGAGGCGUACCAGACGACAAGAUAUCCGAAAUGGAGAUCCUCUCACUCACUGUUCUGACCUGCAGCAUCAUGAUAACCCAAGUGGGCAGAGCCUGGAAGAAAAGAUUAUUUACGGAGUAGAGAACAGCAGCACUUUCUUGGAGUGCAGUCCAAAAUCUCAGCGUGCUCUAGUUUACUGGCAAUUCCAGAAGCAAAAUGAGGACCGAAAAGAAGAGAUAAAAGUGGAUGAACAUUUCAUCAGGACAGAACAGGGCCUUCUGCUACGGACCCUUCAGCGGAAAGACUCCGGCAUUUACUUUUGUCAUGCCGUGGAGCAUGGCUUCAUGCAAACGCUGCUCAAAGUGACUCUGGAAGUAAUUGAUACUGAACACCUGGAAGAGCUGCUUCAUAAAGAAGAUGAUGGUGAUGGCUCCAAGGCCAAAGAGAUUUCCAACAGCAUGACCCCUAGUCAGAAAGUCUGGUAUAGAGACUUCAUGCAGUUAAUCAACCACCCCAACCUCAAUACAAUGGAUGAGUUCUGCGAACAGGUUUGGAAAAGGGAUCGCAAACAACGUCGGCAAAGACCUGCCAACGCACAGGUGAAUACUAAUAAGUGGAAGCACCUACAAGAAAAUAAGAAAGGUAGGAACAGGAGGACCCACGAAUUUGAGAGGGCACCACGGAGUGUCUGAGCUGCAUUACCUCUAGGAACCUCAUCCAAGUAAAAACUUGUAUAGACAGAUAACUGGAAAAAAAUGCAAUAUACAUGAACUUUUUCAUGGCAUUAUGUGGAUGUUUACAAAGGUGGGAAGUUCAAACAAUUUCCACCAGGUUUAAAUAAAAUCAAUUUCUAACUUUCCUAGCAGAGCUUCCCCCAACCAAUCCCCAGACAGAGUUUCAAGGAUGAAAACUCACCCUGGACCCAACUUAUUGCUCAAUGAGUUCUGCAAACAGUUCAUCAGAAAGGUUUUGCUUUCGCCUUUGCUCAAGAUAGAAAAGUAUCAUGUUUCUUGCUGCCAUUUAAAAGGAAAAUAAAACAAAAACCACCUUUCAUCAGCUGUGCUACCUUUCCUGAACUUAACUGAAAAAACUGCAUGGACUAGCUAAGCUGAUCAACAUCCCGACAUUUAGAUGGAUGCAAGGUUUUUUUUUAUUUUAUGGCCUACUAGGUCUCUUGCUUAUAUGUACUGGAAAGGUAAAAACAAUACUGAAUGAGAUGGUCUGUGGAAAUCUGAACAGCAUGAACCAGCCAGCAUCCAGAGGGAAAAAAAAAGAAAAAAGAGUGGAGUACACUGGCCUACUACUGAUGACUUCUUUCAUCUUUGAUUUAAAGAUGUAUUUUAUUAAAACUAUAAUUUAAAUGUACCAUGAUGAAUAUGCAGUAAAUGUUAUCUCUUUUCUAAAAUAGAAUAGGCUUUUUGUCUUAGAAAUAUUGUACUUUCUAAUUAUUGGUUUAAAGGGAAAAAGAAAACAACUUCCAAUUACAAGCUUUAUUCUCUUGUUUGGAAAUUCUUUCAUGGCAGUAAGUAACACUGCAGCUAACCCUCUUGCCUCUACCCUCACAUUCUAUAUGAAAGUAACUUCUACGCUAUUCAACAUGAAAGUCUUGUAUAGCAUGGAAGUUUUUGGAUUCCCCUCCCCAAUAUAGCAUAUGAAAAAAUUCAGCUUGUAUAAUAUCUUGAUAUGAAUAGAUUGAACCAAUGAAGAGAAAAAUCAUCUAAAUACUGUAGCUCAUACACAGCCAUUAAUCCAUGAGCAAAACUCCUGUUCAGUUCAGAAGGAGCUUCACUCACAACUCUGUGGUAGGAAUCAAUUUUGGACAAUAUCCUAGGCCUUUGUGGUCUCCCUGCAUGGGGCCCUACGGGUCAAUUUCACCUGAGGGUUGAGUCGCCUGCUGUUGUAAAUUGGCAUAUUGAAGUAUAUGAGGUUACAGCAGUGGAGAAUUUGGACCGGUAUAUAUUCUGUGUGCAAUGGGGCUGCUGCAGGAUAAAAUCAGGUACAGUGCAAUUGUGUAAGAAUCUCCAUUUUAAGGAUCUAUAGAUAAUGGUUUUGGUCCACCCAAGGAAAGAUAUGUCCCAGUUUUGUUGAAGUCCAUUUUCAGCUAUCCUGUCUCCUAUAUCUCACCUUACUUUGGUCUGUAAACUCCUCCUGGCAUAUGCAUAACUAUUCAUGUUGGUGAGAAGCAGAUUACUAGAGCCCAUGUGAUAUCCUUGGUUUGCUAUAACAGCUUUAUAAAAGGGUGCCCCUUGUUCGGAGGUUAAUAACCAGCCUCUUUUACUGUUAUUCACUGCAACUUGUUGCAUUUAUGAUUCACAAUAUUAUCUGCAUUCACACUUGCAGUGCAACACAACCUGCUGUGGCACAGCCACUCUCACAAUGUGAUCCAAGUCCCUUUACCACUCAAUAAAAAAACAAAUAAAACAAAAAACCCACAACUCCUCUUCCUAAUUAGUGAAAUAUAGUUUCUAACAUCUAUAGCAAUGAGGUUUUCAUUAAGGGCGCAAUCCUACAAGCCCUCUGUGUGGAACUUGAAUCAGUUUCAGAGAUGUUGUGAACAUGGAGGGCUCACAGGAUCUAAAUGCACUAAAACAUCCAAACUUGCUACCAUUUAAUUUAGUGGCAAAACUCCGUUAAAUGAUGCAGGAUCAGGUUAUAAAUCCCAGAUUUAGCAAAGAACUGAAGUGUUUAACUUGAAAGCAUGCACUUAAGUCCUUCUCUUGUCAGCAUAGCACUGAAGUAUAUGCUUGACUUGACUUCUAUGGGUCUUAAGCAUGCUUAAAAUUAAGCAACAUGUGCAAAUGCUGUGCUGAAUAUGAUGAACUUAAGUACGUUUAAGCAUGUGUUUACAAGCUCUCUUGUAUCAGGACCCUACAUGAGCAUUAAUUUCUCAGCUCAAGUGUUUGAAAUUCAUCACAGCCUAUCAGCUGAAGUAUUUUGUUGUACUUAUAGCUCAUUGUUCAACCUAUUAAGAAUACUUUGUAUCACCAAGUCAUUAAAAUCAUUUAAAAUGUUUUCCCCUUUAGCAAAGAGGACUUCCAAAGCCCACUGAAAUUAGAGGAAAGAGUCAGACUUCAAUGGGCCCCAAAUCAUCCAAUCUGCUGCUUUGUAUGUUUAAUGGUUACUGUCACUUAUUAUUUCCCCCUCAACUUUGUUCCCUUUUACAACAGCCUAUUGAAAAGACGAUUAAUUAGAGAUUACAUUUGAAAACUGGCAUUCCUUCACAGAAAAAAAAUCUCUGUAAAACAUAAUUCAUUCUGUAAGAGUGAAAUUACAGCAACCAUGUGGUUUUGCCAUUUGAUAAAUGUUUAACUGUACAAAUAAAAGGGUCAGCCCCUGCAGAUUUCAACAUACACGUAUAGUCCUUCUUGAAAUAAUCAGUCCUGCUGAAAUCUGUGCAUCUACUUAUAUAAGGAAAGGCUGAAAGGAUCAGACCCAAAGAUGAAACAGUUGAUUUUCAGGUUGAUCUUAACCAGAAUGCACUCAAACAGGAAUUUGUCUGAGUUACAACAGCAUCUGAUACUAUUUGAAAUGAACUGAUUUCAAAGACCAUAGACUGUGACAAAUUUGUGCAUAGAAGGAUGACCUACAAUUUCAGUAUAGCUCACACAUCCUGUUCGUAUUUUUUUCUUAAUAUGUCAAAAUGUUGCAAAUAAAAGGAAACCAUCACUUUAAACACCAACAAAAAAAUCUCUAAACCUCCAGUUCCAAGCUUUAGUUGAACCAAGUAGAAGGUUAUAUUUAAGGUGGAGAGAAAUAAAGGAUUUUGUUUAUAACCAGGAAACGCUAUUGAAAUUUGUUUAAAGAUAGAAAUUUGUAAGACUUUUUUUUUGAUCGUCUUACUAAUCUACCCUUGGAAUUUGCAUGGACCGCUGAAGAUAGGAGUUGUUCAAUAGCUCAUAAUGACUGUCUGGUUAUGUUAAACUACAGUAUCAAGCUAAGAAACUGCAUCUUUGCAGAACAGAGUUAACCUUUGAUGGCCCAAACGAAGUCACUGUGUAAAAAAAAAAUUAAAAUGCAUGUGAACGCGCAGUUACGGAUCCUUUUUAUGUAUUAUUUAGUGAAUAUCAAUGGUAUGUGUUUAAUAGUUCAGUUUUUGCUACCUACACAUUAGCCAAAAGAGAUGUAAAUAUUUUUGACUAGGGUAAGGAGGUACAGUAUAAAGUACUGCUAUCUAGAGGUACUCCAUUUCAAUGAGUUCAACACAAGACUAAAAUGCAAGGUUUUGUCACAGAGUUUAUAGGGUGGUUUAUUUGCUAUUUUGGUGCCAAGGUUAUGUGCCACUUUGUAAGCACAUUCCUCACUGAGUAGUAAAUAAUUCUACUUCCGUAUUUAUCACUGCAAUUCAGACGGGAACUAGAAAACUGGAGAGAAAAAUGUAAUGAAACUGCUGCUGUAAAUUAUUUCUUUUAGCAUGUAUUCAGUUGUUAAAUAAACAUUUCUUCAAAAGA